AUAUCGAUGUCGCGGCGAAGGAUGGGCCCUCUCCUCUCGACCGCCUUCGUCCUCCUGCUGGCCCUGAGCGCCGCGUCUCCGGCCUUGGUCGGCAACCCCGUGGAUUACACCGCGGACGAGGCGGAGCGGACCGCCAGUGACAACUUCGUCUUCGAUGACUACCGGGGGAAAGGAUGUGUGGAUGACAGCGGCUUCGUCUACAAACUCGGGGAGCGCUUCUACCCGGGACACUCGAACUGUCCGUGCGAGUGCACGGAGGACGGGCCCGUGUGCGACCAGCCCGUGUGCCCCAAGCUGCACCCCAAGUGCACCAAGGUGGAGCACAAUGGAUGCUGCCCCGAGUGCAAGGAGGUGAAGAACUUUUGCGAGUACCGGGGGAAAACGUACAAAAUACUGGAAGAAUUCAAGGUGUUUCACCGACAGGGUUCCCCAUCAGAUGAGGAAGGGACCAGUCCGCCCAGCAGCCCUCUGGCCCCAGCACAGCUGUAAUCAAGAACCGGGAGCUAUAGGCCGUCAGCCUGUGAAUGGUGCCGCUGCGAACCAAAUAAUGAGGUGCACUGCGUGGUGUCCGACUGCGCCGUCCCAGAGUGCGUGAACCCCGUGUACGAGCCGGCGCAAUGCUGCCCCAUCUGUAAAAACGGUCCAAACUGCUUCGCUGGAACAACGAUCAUCCCAGCCGGAAUCGAAGUCAAGGUGGACGACUGCACCAUCUGCCGCUGCCACAGCGGAGACUGGUGGAAGCCGGCGCAGUGCUUGCGGCGGGAGUGCCUCAACGGCCAGACGUUGUCGUAGAGACUCCACAGGGGCUGGCGGGAACGCCCAGGCACGGCCCUGCCUACUGCAC